AGUCAGUUGGGAAUUAUUGGUUACCAAACACAACGAGGAGUUUCUAGACUUUCAUCAUCUAAGUCAGCUUCUCAUUACUAUGAUAUUCUUGGUCUAAAACCUUAUGCAACACAAAACCAGAUAAAGACUGCAUAUUACCAAAUGUCAAAACAGCACCACCCUGAUGUGAGUGAAUGUCAAAAUAGUCACUCACUGUUUACAGAAAUAAAUGAAGCAUAUGAAGUACUUGGAAAUCUACGCAAAAGGCGAAUGUAUGAUAGAGGCUUAUAUAGUAGCCCAACUGUACAUCAGCAGAGGUUUGUUGGCUUAUACAUAAUAGUAAUAAUACAUAUACUUAGUCUUAGGAAUAUUUCAAUAUACUUGACUUGUCUUCUUAGAAAAUAUUUUACUCUUAUUCUAAAUUUAGAGUAUAAUAGGCUACUAUUUUAAGCUUCUAUGUCAGCGGUUCUCAACCUUUCUAAUGCCGCGACCCUUUAAUACAUUUCAUCAUGUUGUGGUGACCCUCAACCACAAUUUUAUUUUCGUAAAUACUUUACAACUGUGGAGUAUGUGUGUUUUCAGAUAGUCUUAGGCGACCCCUGUGAAAGGUUGAGAACCACUGCUCUAUAUGGUGUUACGUUCAGUUUAAACAAGGUAUGCUAGACAAGUGCUCACAUAACAACUUGAGGGAGGUGUUAAUGUGUAGCCACUUUCUUUACUGGGUGGUAUGGCCAAUAUGGGACAAUGUGCUACUGCUAGCUGAUUUACAGUUACAGGAAGAACUCGGUUGAUUUUUGCAACCAGACAUGGUCAGUGCUACAUUUACAUGAUACACAGAAACACAUAUCAUCUAAAUUUUUGAGAUUCAAGUAAUAUUUGGUACCAAUUAGCUUUGAAAAAUAGGUAGGUGGUUACCCUUUUUAUCAUUCUUUUGUAUUUGAAAUCAUUUUUAAAAAAGCUAUGAUAAUUUUUUUAAUUUGUGGGAGCAAAAAUAACUAAGAAAGAGAAGUGAUUCAUCUUCCAUUUAAAAGAAUGAAGAAAACAAAUCAUAUGAUCUAAAAAUAGACCUUAUUUCAACUGAUGUGGAUCAUUUAAAAUUAUUUGUCUUCUACUUCACUUUUAAUGUUAAUUUAAAAAAAAAAGAUAUUUAAUGCUGAAUAAUUAUGUACAGUUACCAGUUGUCUGGUUUACCCGGGACAGUCACUGUUUUAGCAUCACCCGUUCUGGCAUCCCUGAAAGGUCAGGAAAUGUCCCGGCCAGUAGUGUCUUCCAACAAACUGCAUACUUUUCCUUAGACUGGGAUAGAUGCUGCCAUUAUGAAUGAGAGUCUUUUCUCUGAUUAAAACAACAUGUGAACACCAGAAAAAUGCAAUUGAAGGUCAAUGCACUGGAACAUGUGCUGGUUUUCAAAUGCAAUUUCAGUGAUUCAUGUGAAAAGUUUUAUGAUGUGUCAUUAAAAGGGGUCGUUCGCAAAUUACGUCAUGCAAAAAAAUACCUUUUUAGGACCCCCCCCCCCCUUUUCAGUGUCACGUCACUCCUAAAAAAAUCAAAACAUACAUAAAAUUAUCAUAACUUAACUAAGAUUUUACUCUUUAAUAUUUUCCCAUAAUGGAUUAAGACGUAGUGUUAUAAGAAAACUGUGAGGCGAAACAACGAAGUCAUCCACAAGCCGAAUGUAAAAUGGCCACAACAGUUUUUGCGUCAUUUAUCAAUAUGCGCAAAAGGUGUGCGCCACUGACUUUCAUGGUAACUAUAAUACCUGAGGCAAUUUUGACCUCAAAUUAAUAUUUUUAAAACAUAUUGAAUAAAAGUUUUUUCAAAAUCAGAAAGUUUAAGAUUGAAAAAAAACAAACAAAAAAACUUAGCCGUCACAAAAUUUGGACCCCCACCCUCCCCUGGCACAAAGUAUCACAAAUUCCCCCCGCCCCCAUUAGCAUGUUGUAAUUUGCGAAUGAUCCCAAACUAUCCUGAUGUCGUGAGAGCUAUCCACUCAUCUCAGAAAUAUUAUUGAGUCAUGAUUAUGAAAUUAAUAAUUAUAAUUCCCUUGUUAAUUCUUCAUAUUUCCUACACAUGCUGGUUGUGUCAAUUUCUUUUUUAAAAUUCCUUAUAUCAACAUUAAAAAAAGUGAGAUGUUCAUUGUUCAACUCAGGCUCAGGAAGUAUCAAUAAAUUCCUCUCAAAACACAUUUGGUACUUUCUACAUUAUUGUUAACAAAUAUUUAUCCUGCGAUUCCUCAUUAAAACAACAUAAGUUUUCAAUACGUCCAGAACAUACUGUAUAAAAUAUAAUGUACAAUAAUCAAUUUGUUCUUUUCCCUUCAGGAAAGCAUGUCUUUCAGUCUAACCAGCUCCCUCCCCCCCCCCGGUCCCAGGUUACCCCCAGAAUAAUCUGGUCACCAUAAAAUAUGUUACUUCUUCAAAUAUUGAUUAUAAAAGAAUAAAGAUGAAUAAAAAUGAUAAUCAACAGAAUAAAGCCGUAGGUUGUGUAAAUUGAGAAAUGAAUAAUUACAUUAGAAUAUAGAAAAUGCAAAAUAAAUUUAUUAAUUUUAUUAUUUGCUAACAAUUUUUUUUACUGUCCUCAGCCCUUGAUUUUGGUAUUCUGCAAAUACAACCAAGAAGACUUCCAAUGUUAUUUUUGGAUAUCAUCUAUUCUGUUUAUAUUAGUUGAUGUCUAGCCAUGAUGAAAAAAUACCUAACAUUUAAUUUGAAUCUGACUUUGGUCUAUAUUGAUUGCUAUUUUGGAACACUGAAAAAUACUUGAAAAAUUAAAAUAGUAAAAUAAUAACACUGAUAAUGACUCAAUAUCACUAGUAAUGAUAAACCCAUGAUAAUAACUUAAUAAACACCAAUAAUAAUAAAGUCAAUGAUAAUAAUCACUAACAUAAAUAGUCCUCAAUAAAACUGAUAAUGACUCAAUAACAAAUCUGUUGCAACCAUUAGCAACUCCCAACGCCUACCUCUUAAAAAAUACCAACUGCUCUAUCUCAUUUAGUGUUUAUAAUUAGGAAAGUUUUUCAAAUGAUCUUUUAGGUUUCUGUGCAAAAUAACUGUAUUCAUAUAUUUUAUCAUGUUUUAAAAAAAAAAAAAAAAAAUUUAUUGUGAUAACUAUUUUUUAUGAUGUGAAUAUUAGUCAAAUUUGAAGUAUUUCAUUAAAAAAAAAAAUUCUAAUGUGUGCAAUUCAAACCCCCUAUCUCUUGGUCCAGCGGCAAUGAAUUUUACCCAUGCACAAUGGGACCUAUUUUAGCCUCAAUUUAUUUAUCUUAAAAAAUACACAUGCCAUAUGCUUUAUUAUAAAAUGAUAGUAAUUUUGGAGAUAACUUGUUUUUUUCUGCUCAACUCUGAUAAUGGCUAGACACUAAAUGAUCUCCAGCACCUUGAACAUUUUGACUAAACUGUCAUUUGCUAUACUAUGAACUAAUCACAAAAUUAUGUUAAAAUACAUUUGCUAAGAAUUUGUUUCAAAAGCAUCUGUUUUUUUUCCUAAAUAUCAUGUUAAAUCUAAAUCAGCACCAAACUUUAUAAAUAAUUGAACAGUUAUGAACAAAUAUAAAGCAUAUGCUUUGCAACAAUAUACUUGCAGAUAUUUCAGGAGGGAUUUUGAAAAAAAGAAUUAGUUACUUUAGGCUAAAUAAAUGUAGAGAAAACCAUCUGUAAAUCAAAUUAAUAGUCAAUAAAAUUAUGUAUUAAAAUAAUAUGCUUUUAUCUUGCCUUGUUAAUUAAAAAUGUUCCUGGCAGAGCACCCUUAAAAAUCAAGGAAAUUUGCCUGUAAAAAAAUUAUUUUUUAGUUUUGGAAAGUGAUUAUUAUUAUUAUUAUUUUUAUUAUUAUUAUUAUAGUAUAUUCAGUCACAUUAAUACAAGUUAAGAGCUUUUAAAGCUGUGGGUUGAUUUUAAAGAGCAUUCUUCAACACAAUUAAGAAAUAUGAUUUAAAAUUUUUCCACCUUUGUUGAAAUCCAAAAUGAUUAUCUUAGACUUUUCAUUUCUGAAUACAAUGUAAAAUACUUUGCCUACUCCUCAGAGCUGACAGCACACAGGAGGAUACGGAAGAAAAUGAAGACUAUACCCAGGCCUAUCGUAAUUCAAACUUUAAACGGGGGAGUAGGCCCCCACCCCCUCGAGGCCACACCAAAAUUUACAACUUUGAUGAAUUCUAUAGACAACACUACAAUGACAUGAGAGAGAGAAAGAGAAAGGCCACAGAAUUCGAAGAGUACAAGAGGCAUCAGGAGGGUAGGAUUAAAUCCACUAACUUUGCAAUGGAUGUGUUAGUGCUUCUCUGGAUGUUUGCCGCCUUCUCAUUGGUGAUUUUAAGGAGGGAAAAUUAUGACCGGGAUAUGGUUGGUCAGAAAAAAACACCUGGGACCAGUCAUGGAGGAAAUAAUGUUGCCAGCUCUCCAAGAUCGAGAGACUGAAUAGUUGUAUAGUUCAUUCUGAGAUCACUUGCUUAGAACUUUGAUAUUGUCGGCAAGCAAUAGGGUUACACAGACGGAUGAUGCAUCUUCAAGGAGUGUGCUGUCACGAAAGUAUUUAAACACUUUACAGCUGUUUACUUGAUUUAGUGGGUCUUUUGAAAUAAAAUGUCAUGAAGCUACAAAUGUCAGAGACACUUUUAAAUAAAAAAUAACCCCAUACAUUUGCCUGCAUUCACAUCUUGUCAAGACUGAUUUUUUUUUAUACCGGUACAGUGAACAAUUUAUUUUAAAAAAUGCAGCUUUAUUUUGGUAGGAAGUCACACUUACAGCUCUUCCAAGCUUGUUUCUGUGAAUGAGAAUGAUUUGUUGGUACUCUGAGAGAAAUCAUAUUUUGCACAUGCAAUACUUUCUGUGUCUUUUAUUUUUUGUAUCA